AUGAUUUUGGAGCCUCUCUUGUCAUUGGUAGAGCACCCGGACUGGGACCUGGAUUACGGGGCCAACGAUAUCGCAUUAAUUAAAUUGAAUGAAACAUUGGACUUCAAUGGAAAGCAUAAACAUUUAGAACCCAUUUGUCUGCCAAACACAUCCAUUACAACCUCUGAGGCAUGUCUUUCAGUCGGUUUCGGGGCUAUUAAUAAA